CAUACACGCCUGGCCUGGGUUAUAGCAUUUAUCCUGCUGCGUCGGCUUGGCUGCGGGAUGCUAGCCGGGUAGGUAACCUAGCCGUGUUAUUUAUAUAGCCGGCUACUUACACCACUAACCGACACUCACCUGUGUGCGCACACCUACCUCUGUGCACAUCUCCAGGUGUGGUGAAUACCAGACUUCCCCCGGCCCACCGUCAUCGAAUCGCCCACCCGCCGUCGUCGCCUCUCCGAGCUUCUCUUUGCUGCACAGGUCGAAGAGCUACCACCACUGAAGCCGCCACCCUAUCACCGCCGUCGCUCUCCCGCCUGGAGCUAUUUGCCCGCUGCAUUGCAUGCUCCCGCCGAGUUUGAUCAAAUCGGGUAUUGCGUCUGUCCAUGCCGUGAUCCCGACCGCCGAAGCUGCCCAAGUCAAUCGCAUACCUCGGGUUGUUCUAUAUAGCCUCUGUGCGCUCUCUUACCUCUACCUCUACCUCUACCUCUCUAGGUCGCCUUGGGUCGAAUCCUUCGGAGAAAGAGAAGCUCUACGGCGCAAAAGCAGGGUCGAUCUAAUUGGUCCAAUUGGAUUCCGUCUUUGUGCCCGGACAAUUAUCUCCCGGAACCACUGGGAAAGGAGUUCCAUCGGGUUGGCUUGUGCUGUGCUGUGCUGUGCUGUUCUGUGCUAUUUCGGACGCUCCCAGUCUGCCUCGACUACCUCUUUUUCCUCCCUGUCCCGACUACCCUGGGACCCCCCUGACCUCGUUGCGUUGCGAAGGAGUGUUGCAUACAUAUUUACACAUCUCUAAACGGUUCCUCCUCCCCCAGCUGCUUCCCCCUUACUCUGCCUGUUUUGGUAUCUGCUCGACCCCAAAGUGGCUUAUUAGUCUUGCGUGCGGAAGCUCGAAUCACACCUA